GGAGGACUAUAAUGUAAAACUCCCACUGCUGUGCAAGUGCCUUUUACUUCACCUCAGCAUGCAGGUCUUCCUCUUUAUCCUUCACGCUCUUCCUCUCUAUUUCUAUUGCAUCGCCACCUCGUGGCUUCUUGCAAAAACUGCCAGUUUUGCAGCAUCACCGUGCAAUGGUGAACAUCGCACCCACUGACACAACGUGUUACUGUUAUUUAUUUGUUAAAGUUUUGUUUCCAUAUUUGUUUACAGACUUCGGGUGUUGGUUACAUUAUUGUCGUGUCACUAGCACUGUGUGGGGAAUGGUUGUACUUCAACCCAUUCUACUGUUUCUGUCUGAAUAAAAGGCAGUUUUUGUGAAGCCUGUAAGCAUGUUUAGACUUGUGGUUCUUGCACCAAUGGUUUAUAGAAGUUUAUCAGAAACGGUGCUGUGAAAUGCAGCUUAAUGUGACUCAAAGGUGUCCAUUCCCUGAUGAUCAUAGGGAUGUGUUUGCAAGGAGGGAUCAGCAAGAGGGAGCCCCUGAAGCAUCCACAUUGCUGCAGCCUGUAGAGGAUUUGACUUGCCUUUCUUGCCUGCAGCUCUUCUGUCCUAUCCACCUCAUGAGUAUGGUUCUGGAGCCCCUUUUCCUGCUGCAGAGGGAGAAAGUUCUCAUGUGAGGCUAUGUGUGAGCUCUCAGUUUUCCUCAGCGUGGCAACGGAUGCAUCAGUACUGAAACUCAGGUUUCCAUCUGCUGAAAGUCUUGUAGGUGCUGUAACUUCAGAAUGAUUUCAUGCCUGUACUUUUCACUGAAGACUCUGGAGUUGGAGUCAACUGAUAAAAAUUGUUUCUGGAUUUGCUUGACAUCACUCGUUCCAACGAGACUCUUCUUUCUCCUGUUCCCCAAGGAUCAGGUAGUAUUUAGUUCCAUUCUGGAACAGAGGUGAUCACCACCUUCUGGCCCUGCCCUUGCUGCUGAAAGGCCAAUCUGCUGCCAGCCCGCUGCAAAGCCAGGCCAGGAACAGGCGUUCCAGCAGGAAAUGUUGGUGUCUAGAAACAGAUCCCUCCUGAAAAACAAUUCAGCUGAUGUUCAGACUUGUGCAGCACGUACAUCCCAAGUUGGUGAGAAAGAUCAGAAAAGCCUGAAAACAAUUUUGGAGCCUCUGAGCUGAUGAUACCAUCCAACCCCCAACUCUUCAUGAAUGUCCUCGUUUAAAAUGGAACACUUUCUAACUGGUGAGUUGAAGGGAAAGUGGUUUCUUGAGACAACCAUGCAGAUUCCCAUUCAGAGUUUUAAAGAACAGCAGCUAUCAGAACACCAGGCUGAAUGGGCUCUGAGCACCUGAUGGAAUGGUUGGUGUCCAUGUUCAUUGCAGGGGUGUUGGACCAGAUGGCAUUGAAAGGUCUCUUCCAACUCCAACCAUAUCCAGAGGGUAAAGAAAUCCAAAAGCUUUGACCCCCCCUAGAGCUCAUGACUAAAACUGCAGAGGGUGGGUGAAGGCAUAAAGGGAGAUGGUAAAGCACAGCUUUGUGGUUCUGAGAGGGCUCUUUCAGGCUGACAAAGUAAGGAAAGGGAAGAAACUCACCAAAUUAAUUAAAAUUCUUCAAAGUAGAUGUCACAUGUAUGCUGAUUGUUCACCCCUACCUCCAUGGGCUGGUGGCAAUGUCUGGGUGGUGUCUUCACCCCAAAGUACUCCAGCAUCUCUUUUACCUUCAUUUCUAAAGAAAAGUGGAUCUAGAAAAUCUCUGGCUAGAGAUACUCAGGAGUGACAGUAGUUGCCUUUCUCUUACCAUGUGGCCAGCCCUGGAGACCCAAACCAGUCAUCAGGUGCUCAGCGUGUCCCAGCCCUGCCCAUGGUGACACUUUGGGUUCCCAUUCCCAAUGGGAGGACCCCUCGCCCCUUUCUUUCCACCAGUGCAUAGACUGCUUUCAGUGGAAAUUCCCCCAUGGUUAAGUUUUUGUGUUUACCCUCCCUACUGCACUGGGCUGGGAGAGAGAAGACCUUUACCUGCUGCUGGUCUUGGGCAGGGGACGUGGUGGAAGAAGCAAGACUGAGGUGCCUGGCGGCAGCUUUGUGAACUGGAUUUCAGUUUGCCUGCUGGGCAGGGGUUGCAGCUGGCUGGCCUGAUCUCCUUCCCUCCCACUGGCUCUCACUGAGAGCAGAAUAUGCCUUCUCCCGCUGAUUUCUGCUUGCCAUAUUGAUUGCAGCAGGGUAUAAUGGAGACAAGUCAGGCAGAAAGCCAGCCACCCUUGGGAAUGAUUAAAGGGCAAGCAAGAAAGGAUAGAAGUGAAGAAAAACAGGCUGACACUUAGGACGUGGUGGAUUUGGGGCAAAUUAUGCCCCUUUCACCACCUCACCCCAUGCUCGGGACCGUGCAGCAGAACCUCUUUUCAGCUCUGCCCAAAAAGAGGCAUUGCACCGACCCCCGUGCACGCAGGGAACAAAAUCCCCAGAACUCGUACAAUAUCCCCAUUGUGCAUGGAUUUGCAGACUGAUUAUUCAGAGCGCAGCCAAGGAAAGGUAAGGCUAUGACCCAUUGUUUUCGUGCGAUCAAUUGAAUACUGUCAUUUGCAUUUAAAACGCUCCGAAUUCGCACUGUCAAUAUGCCAAACAGCUGCUCGGGCUUUUCAGCAUUCCAUGGUGACAAUCACACUAUCGUACAUCAUUGGCACCAGGAUUUGCAAUACUCUCAGUGUCAAAAUUUUGUGGGUUUUUUUUUCUUAAGCCCCCCCCCCCCUCCUCCCCCUCCCCCUUCUCUCCCCCAAAUACCCAAACCUGUGAAAAAUCCUCUUUUAAAACGAUGGCGUUCGGUGCUGCUAAGCAGGCCUUCGCAGAUGCCAACAUAUCAAAAUUCAUCUCUUUUCUUCCUCUCCUACAAUUAAAAGGUAGUUAAGAAAGAGGCUGUUCCUGAUAGAUCCACCUUCUGUUUUCUCCUUUGUAUGCGUAUUAUUCAUUAGCAGUCUAAUAAGAGUUUCAAAAUGCUCUGUGCCUCUGCCAGCAGGGCAUAUGUAUGUAGACAUGUGCUUGUGACAGAUAAGUACAUAAACAGCAUAUUGGCACCAGAAAGACAUCUGUGCCUAGAAAAACGCUUGUGAUAUGUACAUAAAUGACAUUUUAGCUCUAGUCAAGUCCUUGUGGCUUUGAGAGGAAUAUGUGACUGUACUCUUCUCUGUGAAUACUGAAAAGGUGCAUCUUAGGAAGGAGAGAAUUUCAGAGGUUUACCGAGAGCCAAAGGAAGAGCUUUGGUGCGGGAACCCAGUGCUGUGCACAGACCAGCACCCCCAAAUCUGACUCGAUGUGGCCAUGUGGGCACAUCACAUGGAGCUGGCAAAAGCAGUAUAGCAAAGAGAACAAAAUCUUGUCCUGAAGGCCAAAAAGUGGAGGUGUUUGCAGUGCCCAUGUGUUUCCUGAUACCUGCAUGUAAUUAUCUGGCUGGGAAAUGUGAAUAAAAGCUCUUCACCACAACUGUCUUCUAUGGCAGAAAAGGGAAAUGGUGGUCUGCUAUAGAAAGGAACCAAGUGUAUCGUCCUCUGGAAACACUGCAUUGCACCAGGGGCCACUUUAUAGGUAUACUCAUAUUGGUCAGCUUAGGCUUGAAACAGCUCAGUUUAACCAUUCACAGAGACAGCCGCCUGUUUUACAGCUUUAAUCCAUUCUGGAAGCUCCUCUACAGCCAGAAGGUAAUAAGUGAGAGGUAUGUGGGAGAGUAUUUGCAUCUACUCCUAGGUAGGAAAAAAGGGAAGAUGUAAAAUUGGAGAUGCUUGAGUAUUUGCCAUGCACACAUAGCAGUAAUGAGGGACUUUCUUCCCUGAUUUUGGGACUUGGAGUCCGACUCCCUGAGAUAUUUGAGCCCUGAGCUCCCAUGGGUGAGUUUUCAUCCUGGUGAAGUCACCUCAAGUGUGGAACUUUGGCUUUUCCCCCUGUUAGCAUUGGGUUCAAGCACAUACUCCAGAGAUUGCUCCAGGAGGACUGCAGGACUCACAGCUCCUCACUUUCUGCAAUUACAAAUCUCCCAUAGGUUUCACCAGAUCCAAUAACACAAAUCCUAAAAGGAAAUGAAUGUCCAAAGCCGCCAUCGCCUCCGGGUCCAUUUGGACUCACCUGGGUUGGAUCUCAAAGUGGCAGCUGUGUGUGCACAAAGCCCUUUGGGAUGCGAAGUGGUUGCUGCUGUUCACCAGAAAAACACUUUUUGGGGUCUGAUAUGAGAAAAAAGCAGCAAAAUAUUCCCUGAUUCCUUUGACUUUUCUGUUGUUUGGCAUGGCCAGGUGGGCAUCCCACACCUCCCGCGUCGCAAGGAGGUCCUGCAGGCUGCAAGGGGAACCGCAGAGCUGUUACUUGACUGCAAAGAAUUGUUCAGGGGGAAAAUUGUCUCCAGUCAUUCUCAUUUUGCAUGUGAUUUUUCCUACAUAUGUUUCUAAUCAUUAAGAAAUUCUGUAGCUUAAAUAAUGCUCUGGAAGUACGGUAACUGUUGGACUACAUUCUGUUGUAACCUUAUUGAAUUUCACUUCUCUGGAAAAAAUAAUGGGAUACUAUAUCUUGAAAAACAAAUGGUAAUUGAGUUUUUAACAGAAUGUUUCUCUUUGUGUUUCAAAACCUUCUGCACACAGUUAGACAUCUAGCCAGGGAAGAAGGUACAAAGCAUAUGGGCCAAUUUCUGUCUGUUGGCUGAUCAAGAUGCCUUAAUAUUUAAGCAGUGAUGGGUGUGUGUCCAUGCAAUAUGGCACAGUGUAUCUCUCUGCCUGAUACCCACGAGCUCAGGUGAGGUGGCCAAAAAUGUUAUUCUGUGGUUAGAAGAGCAUUCUAGGAGGAAGAGAGGAAGGUGGGCUUAUAUCCUGCUCCCUAUUAGGUGUUGGUGUACCAUCCUUAUCCUGCAUGAAUUCACAUUUUGGCUAUUAGACAACAGAAGGUCUAUACUCCUAUGUUUGUGGUGCUGCCCAGGGACACAGGUUUACCUUCUGGGUGAUAAGGGUUUGCAGAGACUGCAGAAAUAAGAAUUGUCCAAUAUUUCUUCUUUGCCCAUACGCCAUAGUGCUGUGACUUACCAAGUUCUCUGGGAUUUACACAUCAUUGUGCUCUGCUUUGAUUAAAAACUGGGACCCAAAACAGCACAGUUGCAAUGUUAACUUACAGAUGUUAUUGCCUACCGAGAUUAGGAGAGGUGUGGUAAUGCUGGAGUGCUUUUCCCUAAUUUUUAGCAAACCUAUCAAGUUUGGGGCUUUGUGAAGAGAUGCAUUUUGGACAUGGGAAUCUUCAAGGCAAAGUAAUAGGCAUGAGGUUUCUGACUGACAAGACACAUGUGAGUACAUGCAAAAUGUGCUCCUCCAGCUAAAAAUAACAUUUCUCCUGUCAACCACGAUGCAUCCACCCCCACAACACCACCCAGAAGAACACAUUAACACCUUGGCUUUGCACGUAGCCCAAUUCACAGCAGCCACAAGUGGUAGAGGGAUCUGCACUCUGUGUGCAUGCUGACAAAUCAUAUGGCAUAGCGAAGAACAGAGGAGUGAAACUGGGCUAGCAGAAGUUGACGCCUUAUCAUCACAGUCCCUUUGAGCAUGCUGUAGGCUGACACCUCCACCAACCGAGUCAUCUCCCUGAUGCCAGGAUGAAGAGAAUAAGCCCACUAUCCUGAUUUAGCCUCUGAGGUUCAGCUCACCGUACUGAGAGGGUGCAGUGAUGUAAAGAGACAAGGGAGCAACCUAGGUGCAGCAGCAAGGGGACAAGCAAAGAGUGCCCAAGCACCACUAUAGCUAUGCUGCAGUCAUGGUACAAUACAGAAGUUCUUCUACAUGUCAGUAUGGAACUUUGUAUGUUCAAGUUUCUUUGUCCUAUCACUACGUUCUACCAAGAGCCUGGCCUUACCCAUUUGCCGCCCAUCUCCCUUUAGAUACUUAUAAACAUUUAUCGGAUCCCCUCACAGUGUUCUUUUCCACAGCUGAACAGACCCAGGUUCUACUAAAAUUCUCACUGUAAUUGCUAGGGCAGCCAUUUUGAAUUCAUUAUUGACAGUUUUGCAUCAGUAUAAAUGUAGUUUGUGAAGUACAGUUCUUAAGUGGUGACAUACAUAUAGAUAAAGAGAUCUGGAAACAAAUCAAACCUAAAGUAUUGGCAGCUGACACAAGGGUGGUUCACGGACAUGGAGGUCACUGUCAGCCCAUUGCAGCCUUCCCCUAGACAGCAUGCAGCUUUAUUCAGAGGAGCUUUGCAGAAACCAGGCAGAUUAAAAGAAGUAAGUUCCAAUCUCUCCUUUAGCCACCAAGCACAUGAGCCUAUGUUCUCACUCUCAAAAUUAAGCUCCUUUAACUCUCAUCUAAGUUGAGCCUAGAGCUCUCACAGUGCCCGAACUUCACCUGACUCCAGCAAAGCCAAGCAGGCUUUGGAGGGUGCUGAAGGCAUCUAGCCCUUCACAGACAGUGCUUAGCGCUUAACAGGAUCAGCCCCUUGGCAACUCGCAUGCUGUCCAUCACCUCAGAUGCCUUACAGUUUUUAAAUUAUGCAAUGCCCACCAUAUGUAAUUAGCUAAGUAAGCUGCUUUCUCUUAACCUCAAAUGUUUGUAAUGCUUAUAAUCCCGGUUAGGUGUCUGUAUAAAGGAGCUCCUUGUUAAGGGCAGAGGGGAGGAAUUUUCUUCUAUAAGGAAAUUAGGCCCUUGACCAAGAUGUAAAGCCAAAGGUUUGAAAGAUUGCUUUUGUUUGGCAACUGUUUGAGGGGCUGUUUUUGAAGGUCUCAGUGUUUAAAUUACUCAGCGAGUCGUCACUGGGCACAAGCUGUAUAUGGAAAGCCGCUUGUCCAUGGUGAGUCCUGUCCCAGUGAGCUAUGGGCAUCCUUACUAUUUUUAUUCCGAGUCCCUCCUUACUCCUGUUUCAGCAAGUUUAAAACCAGCAUCAAGUGCUUUCCUGGGAUGAAAAACUGGGAGUUCAUCAGCCAACAUGGAGUUUCACUUUUGGCCCAUUUCCCAGUUGGGAAAGCUGAAUGUUUCGGUGCUCUUGGUGGUUCUUGUCGUGUUUCUUUUGAUUAUUGACUUUGUGAGAAAGAGGCGUCCCAAGAAUUUCCCUCCUGGGCCACAGCUAUUUCCUCUCGUGGGAACCGUGGUGGAUUUAAGGCAACCUCUCCAUCUUGAGAUGCAGAAGCUUACUGCGAGGUAUGGGAACAUCUUCAGCGUGCAGUUCGGAGGUCUGACUUUUGUGGUAGUCAGUGGGUACCAGAUGGUGAGAGAAGCUCUUGUCCAUCAGGCUGAGAUAUUUGCAGAUCGGCCACAUAUUCCACUUCUCCAAGAAAUUUUUAGAGGCUUUGGACUCAUAUCCUCAAAUGGGCACAUAUGGAGGCAACAAAGAAAGUUUGUUUCAGCAACACUGAAAAGCAUUGCGGUCAGUUUUGAGUCAAAAGUGCAAGAGGAGAGCCGGUACCUCGUGGAGGCGAUGGAGGAGGAGAAGGGACAACCGUUUGACCCUCAUUACAAAAUUAAUAGCGCUGUUUCAAACAUUAUCUGUUCCAUAACUUUUGGGAACCGUUUCGACUACCAUGACAGCAACUUCCAGGAAUUACUGCAUUUGCUUGCAGAAACACUGCUGCUGAUAGGAAGCUUCUGGGGCCAGCUGUAUAAUGCCUUCCCCUUGAUAAUGAGAUGGCUACCAGGGCCCUUCAGGAAAAUCUUCAGACACUGGGAUAAACUUCAGCGUUUUGUGAGGGGAGUGAUUGCAAAACACAAGGAGGACUUGGACCAGUCUGACUUGGGAGAUUACAUUGACUGUUACUUAAAGGAAAUAGAAAAGUUUAAGGGUGACACCAACUCCUAUUUCCACGAGGAAAAUCUGCUCUGCUCCACACUGGACCUCUUCUUGACUGGCACAGAGACAACAGCGACCGCCAUCCGCUGGGCUCUGCUCUACAUGGCCAUGUACCCCAACAUUCAGGAGAAAGUGCAGCUUGAAAUUGAUGCUGUGAUUGGCCAGUGCCGCCAGCCCACCAUGGAGGACAAGGAGCGCAUGCCCUACACCAACGCAGUGCUGAGCGAGGUGUUGCGAAUGGGCAACAUCGUGCCACUAGGAGUGCCCAGGAUGUCCACCAAUGACACCACCUUGGCUGGCUUCCACGUGCCCAAGGGUACCACGCUGAUGACCAGCCUGACUUCCAUAAUGUUUGACAAAAACGUGUGGGAGACUCCAGAUACCUUCAAUCCUGAACAUUUCCUGGAGAACGGCCAGUACAGGAGGCGGGAGGCUUUCCUGCCCUUCUCUGCAGGCAAGCGUGCCUGUCCUGGUGAGCAGCUGGCCAGGACUGAGCUCUUCAUCUUCUUCACUGCCCUGCUGCAGAAGUUCACCUUCCAGGCUCCAUCUGCCACCGUGCUGAGCUUUGCCUUCACGCUCAGCCUCACGCGCUGCCCCAAGCCCUUCCAGCUCUGUGCCCUGCCUCGCUGCUGAGAGCAAGAUGGAAAGCAUUCCUUUCUCAGCUGUCCCAUUAGGUUACAGGCUGCAGUGCUGGGGCUCCACACAGCCAGCAGCUCUGCAUGGUGUGUGGGCAGUGGGGAGGGCAGGAGGGCUGCAUUCUGCAUAUCACAGUGAGGACUUCUCCUCUAUCCCCCCAACCUUGCCCUCCUACUCCUUUCCCUGAUCAGUUUGAUAAAAUACAUGAAUGAAAAAGCCUUAUUACUUCAUUUCCACCCUCAGCGGCUCAAGUGUCUGUCAGUUGUAAGCCAUGAGCACACUUGUGCUGGCUGUGUCUCUUCUAUAGUGGACACAUUCAUCACCCAGAGACCAUUUUGCAGUCAUUGUAUCUCAAUGCUACUGCACAGCAAAUGGCCACAGGCUGCAUGAUCACAGGGGGUGGCUGUCUUUGCACGUUCAAGGCCUAGGCUCAUACCCAUCACUUUAAUGGACAUUAGCUGCCAGCACAGAUCCUGACCUUGGGGCUGAUGCAGUGCAUGUUUCCCACCAUACAUUGUUGUUGCUUUGAAAAGGGAAGUCAAUACCCAAGCAAACAUCUUUGCAGAGGAAAUAUAAUUUCCUUUUUUCCCCUUCCAUAUGCAUAUAGGAAGUUAAAUAAGAUGGUAGAAGCAUCUUCUACUAUAGGCUGACCCAUGGAUGUCCAACUUUGUCUCUGUUGUCAGGGGCCGACAUAAGGCAGGAGGCAC